UUUGUUUCAUCCGUUCUAAUGUCGGCAAUGUUUCGCUUGGAGAAAAUGCAGUGGAUUGCAGUUAAAAUAACUGCAUACUAUUUUACCUAAGAAAAUGGAUGAUAAUUCUCACGCUCUUAUUCCGUCAACUUCUGUACUAAAAGUGUUCCCUGGUUAUUGGAGGUAAAAGGCUGAGAACUACACGGUAUAACGUAGAGACAUACUAUCACAAUUCAGAGUACCAUUCUAACCUAAAUAAACAUCACUUACAGUAACACUGACAAUGAGUUGAACAGUAGCGAAUAUCAACUAAGAAGCAGAUCAUACUUUUGUAUGGCGUACGGCUUUGAGGCAAGUAUUGUCAAAUCAGGAAACGCGUGACGUUUUGUCAGUCGUCAGAGUCACAUGAUACUUAGACGUUUCUUGGGGUGUUGAUACAGGAAUUUGUUACAAGAGAAGUUUACUAUGGUUGUUUAAGUUGGGCAUUACAACGUUAGCCAAUAUGAGUGGUUCCAAGCCUGAUAUUCUGUGGGCUCCACAUCACAUGGACAGGUUUGUUAUAUGCGACUCGGAAUUAAGCCUUUAUCACAUCGAACCUGUUGGGUGCUCAGAUACUAAAGGAGGUGCUUUAGGUCUUUCAAAAGAAACGAGUACAACUUUGUUAGCAAUAAAUUCAGACACUCCAUACAUGAAAUGCGUUGCUUGGUAUCCCAAGUAUGAUCCUGAAUGCCUUCUUGCAGUUGGUCAAGCUAAUGGGCGUGUUGUUCUUACCAGUCUUGGGCAGGACCACAAUUCAAAAUGUAAGGAUUUGAUUGGGAAAGAAUUUGUGCCCAAACAUGCCAGGCAGUGCAAUACUUUGGCAUGGAAUCCCCUGGACAGUAACUGGCUUGCUGCUGGCUUGGAUAAACAUCGGGCUGAUUUUUCUGUUCUUAUUUGGGAUAUCAGCAGCAAGUUUAUUCCAGAAGUUGCUGUACCUGUGGAAAAGGUUAGACUUUCAUCUGGUGACAUCGAGACUGGCCUUGUUGUAACAAAGCCUUUGUAUGAACUAGGUCAGAAUGAUGCAUGCCUCUCACUUAGCUGGCUACCUAGAGACCAGAAACUUUUACUAGCAGGUAUGCAUCGUAACCUUGCAAUAUUUGACUUAAGAAACACAAGUCAGAAAAUGUUUGUGAACACCAAAGCAGUACAGGGUGUGACAGUUGACCCCCACUUUCAUGAUCGUGUGGCUUCUUUCUUUGAAGGUCAGGUUGCUAUUUGGGAUUUACGAAAGUUUGAAAAGCCUGUUUUGACAUUAACAGAGCAGGUUAAACCCUUAACCAAGGUUGCCUGGUGUCCAACUAGAACUGGUCUUUUGGCUACUUUAACCAGGGAUAGUAAUAUUAUCAGACUAUAUGAUAUGCAGCACACACCUACUCCCAUUGGGGAUGAAACCGAGCCAACAAUAAUUGAAAGAAGUGUGCAGCCUUGUGAAAACUACAUUGCUUCUUUUGCAUGGCAUCCUCAAAAUCAGAAUCGAAUGGUAGUUGUAACACCCAAUAGAACAAUAUCAGAUUUUACAGUGUUUGAAAGGAUUUCACUUGACUGGAGUCCAACAACCUCUCUGAUGUGGGCUUGUGGUAGACACUUAUAUGAGUGCACAGAGCAAGGAGAGACUACUGUUGUAGAGAAAGACAUAGCCACUAAAAUGAGGCAACGGGCAUUGUCUCGUUAUGGGCUUGAUACUGAGCAGGUAUGGAGAAAUCACCUACUAGCUGGAGAUGCCGACCCUCAGUUGAAAUCUUUGUGGUAUACCUUAUAUUUUAUGAAGCAAUAUGCUGAAGAACUGGAACAGAGGCAUCUGGGAAAUAAAGUGCAUUUGGUUUAUGCUGGAAUUAAAACCAUCAUAAAGUCCAGUACAGGAACUAAUGAUUGUCACAGGCAUAGUUGGAAUGGUUCAGAUAGACCAGCUGAUAUUGUUAGAUAUCACAGUGAGGAGAGAAAUCUGGCUCUGCAACUUUGUGGAUGGAUAAAGAAAGGAGUUGAUAUUGAUGUAGAACCCUUCCUUAGUUCCUUGGAGAAAGAAGGUGAAUGGGAAAGGGCUGCAGCCGUUGCACUUUUUAAUUUGGAUAUCCGAAGAGCAAUACAGAUUCUCAACAAAGGAUCUGCUUCAGGAAAAGGAGAUUUGAACCUCAAUGUUGUAGCCAUGGCAUUAUCUGGUUACACUGAUGAAAAGAACUCCCUUUGGAGAGAAAUGUGCAGCACAUUAAGACUGCAGCUCAAUAACCCUUACCUCUGUGUGAUGUUCGCUUUCCUGACAAGUGAGCCAGGCUCUUAUGACGGAGUGCUGUUUCAGAGCAGUGUAGCAGUGCGUGACAGAGUGGCCUUUGCUUGUAUGUUCCUCAGUGAUACACAACUGACUCGCUACAUUGAAAAACUGACCAGUGAAAUGAAAGAAGAAGGAAACCUGGAGGGAAUCCUACUGACAGGACUCACUCAUGAUGGAGUGGAUCUCAUGCAGAGUUAUGUGGACAGAACUGGUGAUGUACAGACAGCAAGUUUCUGCAUGUUGCAGGGCUUCUCUGGAGAGGUUUUAAAAGAUUCCAGGGUGCAUUAUUGGAUUGAAAACUACCGUAAUCUGCUAGAUGCCUGGAGAUUUUGGCACAAACGAGCAGAAUUUGACAUUCAUCGAAGUAAAGUGGAUCCAUCUUCAAAGCCACUGGCACAAGUAUUUGUAAGCUGCAAUUUCUGUGGAAAGUCUAUUUCUUACAGCUGUUCUGCAAUACCUCAUCAGGGCCGAGGAUUUAGUCAGUAUGGUGUAAGUGGUUCACCCACCAAAUCCAAAGUCACCAGUUGCCCAGGUUGUCGAAAACCACUACCUCGGUGUGCACUUUGUUUAAUUAACAUGGGAACACCAGUUUCUAGUUGUCAAGGGGUAGGAAAGUCAGAUGAAAAGGUGGAUCUCAGCAAAGACAAGAAGUUGGCACAGUUCAACAACUGGUUUACAUGGUGCCACAAUUGCAGGCACGGGGGUCAUGCAGGACACAUGCUUAGCUGGUUCAGGGAUCACAUAGAAUGUCCAGUUUCUGCAUGUUCCUGUAAGUGUGUACAGCUGGAUACAACAGGAAAUAUUCUACCUGCUGAAACUGCUCAAACAUAAGCUGUAACAACAUGGACAGUAAAUUUAUCAAAUAUGGAACUUGCUAUUUGGUGUCCUUCACAAGUGGAAUGCACGUUGCCAAGCACAUCCAUUCAGGACAUCUGAAGUUAAUAGGAAAACUAAAUCAUUCCAAGAGCUGCAGAGAUUAACUGUGACUUGCUUUGAUGGGCUUGGCCAAGUGAAGAGAUCAUGAUAUAAAUCCACAUGCUGUCAUCUGCUUUGUGCUCAGUUAUCUAGAGCAGUUAAUGCAGAUGCAUUUUCACCAGCUUAGUUGACAUUCUCAGCAGCCUCUUGGAAAACAAAAUUCAAGAUGACACUGACAAAUCCUUGUACCUGCUGUCAAAGAUGAACCAAUGUUAUGUACUGCUUCUGUUUACAGCCUCACUAGCAUGACCUGGAAAUAAUUUUGGUUACACUAAGAAGGCAGUGGAGGUACACUUACAGAAAGACUAGUGUCAUUACUGAACUAACAGCUUCAAAAUGCAGAUCUAAUGUGAGUGGAUAAGUCACAGUCCAAGGGGACUUGCUACUGCAAGUCCCUCCUAACAUGUCUGUAUUUGCACUUUUUGAGCUGGCUGACUCAUCUGUUAUGCCACCUGUCCUACAUUAUUUACUGAGCAUGCUACAGUGCUUACAGUGUACCCUUCAUAACAAACUUAAGUGCUGUACACAGCCGCACUGUUGCCUUCACAGUAAUCAGAUGCAGGAAGGUGAAACAGCGGUAGCCACAGAUUAAUGACAGUACAACAGAAAAAGCAAGUAACAGUGUUACGUAAUACACUUUGAGUAGUGUAGUAAGCUGCUCAAAGCAUUAAACAGUAAUCCAGUUACAGAACCCGAUCUUUCUAGGUGCGUGCCUUCAUUUUACAUCUUGCAUCUACAUGUAUGUGACCUGAAUUAAGUUAGUUUGCCAUUGUUGCAGUGCAGGAAGAACAAGCAGCACAGUUUCUGUGAAAAUUGGAUGCUAAAGCUGAGCUGACCUCAGUGGGGAAAUAAAAAGCAAAUGUUUGAAUGCAUUUUAACCGAGUAAAUUGCAGUGCUUUCACUCACUUGAUUUAUUGUUUGCCACUUGCCAUUUAUAUAACCAGUACAGUUGUGUUUGCUGUAGAAUGUAUAUUGCCAUUUAAUGUUUGUUAUAGAAAUACAUUGUCACCUAAACAUUGUUUGUCAUUUUUUUCACACCACUCAGAUAAACAGAUGUAUCAGCAUUGUUACUGCAUUUAUUCAUUUCAUAAGUGACAACAGUGGUGAGGAAUGUACUGGUAACACAGCUGUGAAGUUAGAGCAGCAUAUUGCUAGUGAAUUUAGUGCCGGACUGUUGUAUUUUGUGCUAACAUAAUGUGUAGCUGUAGGUUUAUCUUAGACCUACACCCAAUGUUUUCGGUAAAAUAAGGAAACAGUCAACUGCAGCAUAUUUGUGCUGCUAAAUAAAUGCAGAAGUCAGAUUUA